UAUUAAAUGACAUGCAAUUAUGAAAAUUGAAUUUCAUAAACAUUGAAUUAAAUCGAUUUUUCCAUAACUGUGUUUCGUAACACAAUGAGAUACACUGUCAAACAUUCAUGCUUGGCGUGAAUACUAGAUUUAAUAUGAGGUUCGAAAUCACUGUAUUACUUCAAUAUGAUAUCCUAGAGUUGGAUUUAAUAAACGAAACUUUUAUGAAAAUGCUAUUUUUCAGUUAAAUUUACGAAUUAUUAAAAGUCGGCUAUCAAUUCCUUAAGCCAUUGCCUACCUUUAGGCGUUAUUCAUGGUUUAGAGGAUUUUAAUCCUAAAAUAACUUAAAAAGUACAUUAUUUGUAAAAAUUUGGACAACAUAUUCGAGAUCAGCGACCCCGAAUUUAGUAAGUAAGGGUAUUUUCAACACAAAUCAACAUUGAUCACUGACAUGAUCAAUGUUACCCCAAAUCAACACAAUCAAAAAUUAGAUUUAAAAACCUAUUUAAACAUGUUUUAAAGUUUUACAAUACUUUUUCGAGUAGCUUAACACAAACUCAGAGGGGCAGUACUAGUUUUAAAAAUAUAAAACAUGUAACAUUUGCUUUAACAAAAGAAUUAUUCAAGAAAGAUCGAAAAUUCUGAUCAAUGUUACCCCGGAUUACGGUAUCGCUUUCUCUCGUUCAGUUCGUCAUAUUCCCUAUCAGUUACAGAGCAAAUUCAUUAGCUGAGCUCGAUCGCCUGAAGCGAGCCAAAUUCUCAGCAUCCGUCGCGUCGUCAGAUCCGUCCGUAAGCUAAGCACCCGGUCCCAUAGAAUCUAAUGGGGAGACAGUAGCUAUUACGACGUGCCACUCAACGGCAGUCACGACAAAUCAAAUUCUCACACAAUUUUGUGCACAAACAGCAAACCAGUAGCGCUACUGCAGUCUCUAUUGAACUAGUUCUUCCCGAGAAGAUCCCCAUCGAAUGUUGCUGCAAUCACGCGAGUUUUCGUCCGAGCAUCGCCGUUUCGAGAGUUUGAACAAAACAAAAAUAACGAGAAAUUACCUUCUCGCCUAAUGGACUCAAUUAUGCAAAUCAUAUGAACGAAACCACCUCGAACCGUAGUUAUGCAAAAUCGAUGAGCAAUUGUCGGGCAAAAGUGUCUAACUUGCGCUGAACUAUUCGUCGUCAUCUUUGUCAACAUUGAGCUUCCUAAUAACUAGGGCAGGCCCGCAGAACCAGGAAGAAACAUAACCCAACCGAAGGCAAGUUUACGAUGCAUCUGGUCUCACAGCCCUGGGUGGUGACGAUUCUCAUGGUAGUAGCAACGACGGUGGUGGUGACUAAUGGACAAUUUUAUGUAGAACGUCUCCCACCGAGUAGCCACGCUGGGACCGAACCGGUAGCUGAAGCGACGAUAGUGCCAAAUGAGGUCACUUCUCGGGAAUCAUCCACAGCGCGGGUAGCUGGAACAACACCGGAGGUGGCCUCCGGUAAAAACAAAUUGUUUUGGAACUGGACAAAAGGGACGGCCGCUGCGGCGAUGUCGCAAAGCGAUGAUGAGGAAUUAUUGUUUCCGACCCUGGCCAACGGACAUCUAGGCUUUACGGUGUUUGGAGAUGCGAUCUACAUGAACGGUCUGUACAACGGUCACCGGGGGCUGAGUCACAGGGCGAGAAUAGCAAACAUUGCCAACAUUCGGUUGUCCUGUUGCGACCUCGACGGUGAUGGUGGGAACCAACCGCCGUCGUCGUCGCCACCGCCAACGUCGUCGUACUCAAUGGACUUCGAGACGGGCACGUUUCGCGUCGAUUAUCGAGGACCUAAUAAUAGCUUCAGGGUAGCGCAGCUGAUCUAUCCCCAUCAAUUGUACAAUCGUGCGAUCGUCAAUCAAUUCACAAUCGAGCGGAGCACGGAUGGUGAAGAUGAUAUUCGAAUCGGCCUAAAGCAGCUGAGUACCUCCCCCGCCAGUGAAGACAUCGCAUUCAGCCCGGUGAAAACCAUCUUCAUCAGCUCUGACGCGGAACGGAAGCACCGGAACCGCCGCCGCUGCCACCGUGAUUCCAACUCCGCAAAUGAUGAAUAUUCAUCGACCCCUACCAGUACCAGUACUGUCUACAAGGUGUACCAAACGUGUGGCACCACGCCGGAGCUGGAAGAUCCCGAACGCCAUCGGAACCAGCCGCGACAGGUCUGUGUCUUAUGGAAUCAUGUUCCAGAAGAGCUCACACUGAAACGGUCCGAGCGCACGGUGUCGUACAAAUUUAUAAUGACGGCUGAUGAGAGUGCCGGAGUGGCCCGCCAAGAGCUGACUGAUGCCAUUCGCACCGAAGACAAUGAACUGCUCCGCCGGCACGGUGACCUUUGGCGGGCAUUUUGGAAUGGUUUCGACAUCACCGCCGAGGGCAAUCCAUCCCUGGAGCAAACCAUCCGGGCGAGCGUAUUCUACUUGAUGAGCAACUUUCCGCUAAAUCCAUCGCUGCAGCAGCACCAGUUCGGUGGAUUGAGCCCAACGGGACUCGGACGCGGUGGAUCCACCGCCACCGGUCUGGCUGAUUACGAGGGACAUUCGUUCUGGGACACGGAGAUUUGGAUGUUCCCGGUGGUGAAUCUAAUCGAGAGCAGGUUCGCCCAGAUGAUGGUGGAUUAUCGGUUCCACAGGAUGGAUGCGGCGCGACAAAAUGCCCUGGAUGGGGGUUUUAGUGGAGCGAAGUACCCCUGGGAAAGUGCCGCCACUGGUAUCGAAGUGACUCAACCCUGCUGCCCGGAAGUGGCGCAAUUUCAACACCACAUUACCGCAGACAUAAGCUUCGCUCUGCGGCAGUACUUCGCCGCCACGCAAGACCUCCACUGGCUGCGCAACCAAGGAUGCUCACUGGCCGGGGCAAUUGCCGAGUUUUGGGCCAGUCGAAUCGCACCCGAUCCCGUUACAGGGCUGUUCGACAUCAAGGAGGUGAUGGGACCGGAUGAAGAUCAUGAAAAUGUUACCAACAAUGCGUACACCAACGUGAUCGCUGCCUAUGCGCUGUAUUUCGGAGACUUGGCGAGCUGCCUGUGUAGCACCGGCAACGUUGGCGUUGGCGAUGACGACGAUUUCUUCCACGGCCACGACGACGACGACGACAAUAGUGUCGAUAACGGCGGCGGCAAUAAAACCAAUCCGAUAGGCCUGGACAAAGGCGUGGUGGCGCCACCUUGCCCCGCGACGACCAAUUGGACCGCCCUAGCGCAGCACCUAAAGCUGCUUUAUGACACCGAAAAUGACUAUCAUCCCCAGUUCGAAGGCUACCGAUUGGGGACCGUGAUCAAACAGGCGGACACCGUGCUGCUGGGCUAUCCGUUACAAUACCCCGGCAUGAAUGCCUCCACCAGGAGCAAUGAUUUGCGGUUUUACGAAUCCGUCACCCGACGGUCGGGGCCGGCAAUGACCUGGGCCAUGCAUGCCAUCAACCAUCUGGAUUUGGGCGAACGGGAGAAAGGUUCGCAACUGUUCGAUCGGAGCUAUAAAAAGUACGUCCGUGAGCCGUUCUACGUGUGGAGUGAGGUUGAGCAGGGCCUUCAGGGGGCUACCAACUUCAUCACCGGGGCAGGAGGGUUUCUACAAGCGGUGAUCAAUGGAUUCGGAGGGGUAAGGCUAUUUUUGGAUCGGUUGGAGAUACAGAAGCCGAAGCCGCCGACGGGUACGAAAAGGUUAACCAUUAAAGGUGUAAGAUAUCUGGGAGCGACGCUAACUUUGACGGUGUCCGAUGAUGGAAGCACAUUGGAGUUUACUGAUGCUCCGCGAGAUUUGGUGAUUCGCGUUGGUAAUUCUGAGUUUAAUUCUGUAGUACUUGGUAAAACGUAUAAUAUUACAAACACCAUUACAGUUAUUCAAGCAAAGAAGAACAUCUAUGAAAAUUGCAACAUCCCAGAAGAAGUAAUCAGCACAUUCAAUGUAACUCCAUGAAAACAGCACUUAGAAUCAAAGAAGGAUGAAAAUGGAAGCAUUAUGCUUUUAAAGGGAAUCAUCCCCUACACCCAUGUGUUAACAUAAACUAUUUUUCUUUUUCCGUUAUUAACGAGAUUUUAAGCCGGGGCUAGCUUAUCUCGGGACCCACGGUUUUACUUCCCUUCCGAAAGAAGAACUCACAUUUUGUGAGUUCGUCGGGAGUGGAUGUCGAUCCCAGGUCCUCAGCGUGAUACUCACGAGCUUUAACCAUCAUACCAGGUCCGCUUCACAUAAACCAUUGAAUUUCAAGUAAAAAUAAAAUGUAGUAUCAGAAAAAUACUGGUCAAGGUAAUGUUUUUCUUGUUUACAAUUAACAUCUCUUCGAAAUAAUAAACACGAAGGAUUUAGGCAGGGCUUCAUAUUUUUCACUUUCCUUCCUUUCUCUACUUCAAUUUCCGCUCAGUCAAUUUUAUACCAAUGGACAUAAUUUUUUGUUCAUGGUGAGAUAUGUAAUGUUGCUAGCCGCGAACAAAAAUGCAAGUCAAUUGGUAUAACAUUGACUAAUUAUACUAGUUUACAGCAUUUUUGAACUCGGUAAGCUGAUGAUCAUUUUUGGUGUAGAAUCAUGCCCUGAGUUCGAAAACGCAAAGAAAAAAAAUUACAGUAGAGCGGAUUUUUUUUCGACUUUCCAUACAAGGUUGAUGAUUUGAAAUCGAUUUUUGUUCUAUUUUUAAACAAAGUCGCUCACUUCACACAUCUCAUUCUCCGUAAUCAAUACUCCGAUUGAGCUGAAUUUUUUACUGUAACUCGCCUACAUAUGAUAUGUCAAAAAAACGUUGAGAAAGAAUUUUUAAAUUGUAUUUUUCUAAUUGAGAAAAAUACAUUUCUUCAUAUUUUUUUGGAAACUUUGCUAAAAUUUAAGGAGAUCGUCCCCAAAACUCGCCAAUAUUUUGAAUUUCAUCAAUCUGACGCAAAACCUGCAUUCAGAUGAUCGAAUGGUAUUAUAUUCCGCUUUUAAUUUAUGGAAAAAAAAUUAAAAUUGGUUCAACAAA